AUGGUCUUGAGAGGUUGUGGUGACAUUCCAACGGGUUACUGUUCGGGAGUGUACACAAUUAAUCCUACCAAUAACAAAACACUUGACGUGUUUUGUGAUACGGAUACUGCAGGUGGACCCUGGACGGUUAUAGCAAACAGGUACGACGGAUCCGUGGACUUCUUCAGAACAUGGAACGAUUACAAAAUCGGCUUUGGAAAUUUAGAAGGGGAUUUCUGGCUAGGAUUCGAGAACCUUCGCGUUCUGCUAGCCCAGGGUAUGCAACUGCGAAUCGAGAUGGAAGCGACGGCCACAGGCAUAAAGUAUGUGGAGUACAGUACUUUCUACAUAUCUGACGAGGCAUCCAAGUAUGUGUUGACCAUUGGUGGCUUUAGCUCUCCAGACGGACUGUACGACGCCCUUGCAUACCACAACGGGCGGCCUUUCUCCACCUACGACUACGACAACGACAGCUACCGUUGGAGCUGUUCUGGAUCGGCCAUAGGAGCUUGGUGGGUCAAGUCGCUCUUUGUUAAACUAGAUGCUACUGCGGAUAAUUUUGACUUUCCAAAGUUGGAUAUUGACUACCUUAUGACAACAUACUGUGGCACGUACCUAAAUCACUGGCAGCAGGCUUUAUCAGUGAGCACCUCAGUGAUAAUUAAGACUACAGGAUCUGGAUCUAUCAACACUCAUGGCACAUUGUACGAUGUCAGAUCCACUCGAGUCUUGAGUGGUUGUGGCGAUAUCCCCGCGGGCCGCUGUUCUGGAGUGUACACCAUCACUCCUACUAAUAACAAAAAGUUUGAUGUGUUUUGUGAUAUGGACACUGCUGAUGGACCAUGGACGGUUGUCGCCAACAGAUACGACGGAUACGUGGACUUCUUCAGAAAAUGGAACGAUUACAAGGUCGGCUUUGGAAAUUUGGAAGGCGAUUUCUGGCUAGGAUUCGAGAACCUUCGAGUCUUGCUUGCUCGGGAUAUGCUGCUUCGGAUCGAGAUGGAAGCGACGGCCACAGGCAUAAAGUAUGUGGAGUACAGCACGUUCUACAUAUCUGACGAGACAUCCAAGUACGCGUUGACCAUUGGUGGUUUUAGCUCUUCAGACGGACUGUGCAAGCGACACAUACGAAUCCAUGGUUUGGAAAUACUUCUAUCAAAAUGGCACCAGGUAUACAGCCGUAAAAACGGUCAGAAUGAUGUUGAAGAAACCUUAGAACUGCUGUUGAUGCAUUCAACCACCGACGAUAUUAACAUCUGUAAGUUGAUUAAGGCCCUUCUUCACAUGAUCACGAUUUCCGUGACAGAUGCCGACAAUUGA